AUGACAAACUUAAUUCCUUUUAAACUUUCUUCAAGUCUAUCCGGUCAUGAAUUAGACAUUAAAGCUGUUCGAGGUCCAAGCGAAGACUUGAUUAUUUCUGCGUCUCGCGACAAAACUGUCCGCAGCUGGUUUAGAACCGGAGCUAACUCUUUUAAUGAAAGUAAAAUUGGUAGCAGUGAUAAGAUCAUAAAUGUUUUUGAUCUCGAUGAUGUGCAGGAUCCAAUUUAUUCGUUAAUCGGCCAUUCUGAUAACGUUUGUGCGUUAGAUAUCACACCAUCUGGCCAUAUAGUUUCCGGUUCUUGGGAUAAAACGGCCAAAAUUUGGAAAAAUUGGCAAGAAGCUUUUACUUUGAACGGACAUUCCCAUGCUGUAUGGGCAGUUUUAGCUGUAGAUGACGAUUUAAUAUUUACCGGGUCGGCCGACAAAACUAUUGUAAAAUGGCAGAAUGGCAAACGAAUUCAAACUUUAUCUGGCCAUACUGAUUGUGUUAGGGCGUUAGCAUUACUGCCAGAUAUAGGUAUUGUUUCAUGUGGAAAUGAUAGCACUCUUCGUAUAUGGACAUUAACUGGACAAUGUAUUCAAGAAUUAAAUGGUCAUACUUCCUUUGUGUACAGCAUUGAUAUAUUACCUACAGGUGAAAUCAUAUCAAGUGGAGAAGACCGAUCCGUAAGAAUUUGGAAAGAUGGAGAAUGUGUACAAUCUAUUGUACAUCCUGCAACAUCUGUAUGGUGCGUAGCUGCCAUGCCUAACGGUGAUAUUAUUAGUGGUGCAAGUGAUGGUGUGAUUCGUAUUUUCACAAAGGUCGAAGAACGCAUUGCAGAAAAAGAGAUUCUAAAGAAUUACGACGAGCAAGUUUCAAGACAUGCAUUAGGAGAUUUGAAGAAAGAUGAUCUUCAUGGAUUAGAAGCAUUGCUUAAGCCAGGAAAAAAUGAAGGACAAGUCAUUAUGGUGCGAAACCGUGAUUCUGUUGAGGCUCAUCAAUGGAGUCAAGCUGAUCAAUCAUGGCACAAAGUGGGCGAUGUGGUUGAUGCUAUUGGUAAAGAUCGAAAACAGUUAUAUAACGGAAGAGAAUAUGAUUAUGUAUUUGAUGUCGAUAUUGGUGAUGGGGUUCCACCUUUAAAACUUCCAUAUAAUGUUUCCGAUAAUCCGUAUAAAGCAGCUCAAGAAUUUAUUUGGUCUAAUGAACUUCCGCAAAGCUAUUUGGAUCAAAUUGCAAAUUUUAUUGAAAGAAAUGCACAAGCCGUUUCAUUGGGCACUGGCUCACAAUAUGCAGAUCCAUUCACCGGAUCAUCAAGAUAUACUCCUAGUGGAACAUCAAAUAAUUCAUCUUAUAAUUCCUCAGUACCUUCAGUACCUACGAACGUCCAAAAUACUUUAACUACUGGUACAGACCCAUGGACUCGUCCAGAGACGUCAAAUUCACCAUCCGGAAAAGUUAAGGCAAUUCCACAGAAAAGUUAUCUUACUUUCCAGAAAGCAAACAUCCAAGCUAUUUUUAAAAAAAUAGGACAAAUUAAUGAAACAUUAUUAGCCAAUGAAAAAACUCGGAAUAUUGCAUUGUCAACCGAUGAAAUUUCGACUUUGGAAAAAUUGAUACUAUUUUUGCAAAAUCCUUCAACUCGGGCAGCUUCGAUAAUCGAACAUCAAAGCGAAUUUGACAUGAUUUGUAAAAUAAUAACUCGGUGGCCAUUUGAUAAUCGAUUUCCAGGGAUUGACUUACUGCGUCUCCAAAUUCUUUACACUUCAAUCCCUUCCAAAUACGUUGAUAAUGAUGAAAGUAUCGUAGAUUUGGUCACUAAGUCCGCUGGUAUUAAUACUUGGCCCAAAGACAGCAUACCCAAUAAAGACCAAGAAACAAAUGCUAUUUUUGCUGUUUUAAAUCAAACGAUUCCAGAUGAUAAUAAUAUUCUUCAAAUAAUGGAAAUGUUAGUGGAGCUUCUCAAAUCAGAAACAGAUUCUGAAGUUAUAUAUAGAGCUCUCGUAACUUUGGGAACAUUGAUUAAUCAAAAUCAAGUCGCUAAAGAUGCUGCCGCGGCUUUUGGUGUGAAACUUGCUGUAGAAAUUGUAUCCACUAAAGUAAAAGAAGAUAGAAUUAGUCGGCUUAUUGAUGAGAUAGAAUUUUAG